AUGCGCUCCUUCGCGCCUUGGCUCGUUAGCCUUCUCGGAGCAUCCGCGGUGGUUGCGGCUGCUGAUACCGAGUCUGAUGUUAUUUCACUGGAUCAGGACACAUUUGAGAGCUUCAUGAACGAGCACGGUCUCGUGCUUGCCGAAUUCUUUGCUCCUUGGUGUGGCCACUGUAAAGCCCUCGCACCAAAGUAUGAGGAAGCAGCUACGGAGCUCAAGGCGAAGAAUAUCCCUCUGGUGAAGGUUGACUGCACCGCCGAGGAGGAUCUCUGCCGGAGUCAGGGCGUUGAAGGCUACCCUACCCUCAAGAUCUUUCGGGGUGUUGACUCUAGCAAGCCUUACCAGGGCGCUAGGCAAACAGAAUCAAUCGUUUCCUACAUGAUUAAGCAGUCACUUCCUGCAGUAUCCUCCGUGAACGAGGAGAAUUUAGAAGAGAUCAAGACCAUGGACAAGAUUGUCGUGAUCGGUUAUAUCCCGUCCGACGACCAGGAAACUUAUCAAGCAUUCGAAAAAUAUGCUGAGUCUCAGCGGGAUAACUACCUCUUUGCUGCCACGGACGAUGCCGCCAUUGCGAAAUCGGAAGGUGUCGAGCAGCCCUCCAUCGUGCUCUAUAAGGACUUCGAUGAGAAGAAGGCUGUUUACGAUGGCGAGAUCGAACAGGAGGCUAUUCACAGCUGGGUGAAAUCCGCUAGUACUCCCCUUGUGGGCGAGAUUGGCCCUGAGACCUACUCUGGCUAUAUUGGGGCUGGAGUCCCAUUGGCCUAUAUCUUUGCCGAGACCAAGGAGGAGCGCGAAAAGUACACCGAAGACUUCAAGCCUAUUGCCCAGAAGCACAAGGGUGCUAUCAACAUUGCUACUAUUGACGCCAAGAUGUUCGGUGCCCACGCUGGAAACCUCAACCUAGACUCUCAGAAGUUCCCGGCAUUCGCCAUCCAGGAUCCCGCAAAGAAUGCCAAAUACCCCUAUGACCAGGCCAAAGAAUUGAAUGCCGACGAGGUUGAAAAGUUCAUCCAGGAUGUUCUGGAUGGGAAGGUUGAGCCUAGCAUCAAGUCGGAACCUGUUCCCGAAUCUCAGGAGGGCCCCGUCACGGUUGUAGUGGCCCAUUCCUACAAGGAUCUCGUCAUUGACAAUGACAAGGAUGUCUUGCUCGAAUUCUACGCACCUUGGUGUGGACACUGCAAAGCUCUUGCUCCGAAGUACGAUGAGCUCGCAGCUCUCUAUGCUGACCACCCCGAUUUGGCGGCUAAGGUCACCAUCGCUAAGAUCGAUGCGACGGCCAACGAUGUUCCGGACCCGAUUACUGGAUUUCCUACCCUCAGACUCUACCCGGCCGGUGCCAAGGACUCCCCCAUUGAGUACUCUGGCUCGCGCACUGUCGAGGAUCUUGCCAACUUUGUGAAGGAGAAUGGCAAACACAACGUUGACGCCCUCAAUGUCGCUUCUGAGGAAACACAGGAGGGUGGUGACGUGACUGAGGCUGCUCCCUCCGCUACGGAGGCCGAGACCCCGGCUGCCACAGAUGACGAGAAGGCAGAACAUGACGAACUGUAA